CCGGCUUCGUGUAGUGCAAUGCUUGAAAAAUACUAAUAUUUUUCAGGAAUAUCAUCAUAAUUUUGUGUUAACAAUUCAGUGUUAAUUUAACAAAGUAUUUUUGUUUGUUUUACUUGUAAAAAUCUUGUGGUUUAUGUUGUAAAUAUCGCGAAGUAAAUUUGCCGUGUGUUUCACCACGUGGUAAAUUCCAAUGCCUCAGCAAUAUGGAGUCGUAAAUGAAUUGCGACACCAUAGGUCUCAAUUACUAUGUCUGCAGUGAGAUCCAUAAUACUAUUGGGAUUGCCAGGCUUGGCUAUUGUUCUGGGUAUUUUGUGGUACAAGAAGAGAAACCCACAUCUUUCAGAUCCAGGUGGAUCAAAGAAGAAACUUGACAAAGAAGUAGUUGAAAGCGUUGCUGAAAAAUCAUUCGAAAGCGAUAAAUCUAAACAACCAGAGGUUAUCAUUGAGGAAAACUUAGGUAAAACUGAAAAACCAGAAUUGAAUAAGUCUUUGCCUAUAGAUAUACCUGUUGGAUCUCCAGUUGAAUUGACUGACGACCAACUAGAUAUUGAGAUCCUUAAAAUUCAGUCACAAAAAUCACAAGAAAAGGAUUAUUGCUUCAAUCGUGUGCCAAUAAAAUCUGUCAGCUUGGAAAAGAGGGAAACUUUAUUUGAAAGACCUGAAGAAAUGACCAGAGAAAAAACUAACAAAUCUCAAGUAAUUGAUAAGGCUGAAGAGUCAUCAGAAAUUAAUAAAGCAGUAGUUGAGGCCAAAAUUGAAAAUACUGACAAUCAACCAGAAAUUAAGGAAGAAGUGUCAAAAAACAUUGAGAAAGAAAAUCUUAAGGAAGAAGUAGAAAAAGUUGAAUCAGAAAUAGUUAAAAGUGAAUCAUUAAAGCCUGAAUUGAAUAUUCAGAAAGAACAAGCCAUGGCUGAAGAGAAAGAAGAUAUUUUCACCAGCAAAACAAUUGAAAGUCUUGAAAAAAUCAGUAUCUCCGAAAAAAUGACUUCUGUGGAAUCUGAAGCAAAUAAGGUUGUUGAAGAUAAUGAGAGAAAUGACUGGUCAGAGGAAUUGUGUGAAUUAGAAUGCCAAACUGAAAACACUGAAAAUAUAAAUACUGAGAACAUCAGAGAUUCAGCGUAUCACAGCCCUACAGAAAAUAUGUCUAGCAGUCCUCAACUAAGUGCAUAUUCUGAUAGACACAGCGAGCAUUCUGAGGAUAGUGGAAAAGGUUCUUCACCCAGAAGUGAGCUUGCAACAACUUAUGAGUUUAUUAUACCACAGACUUGUGUUGGUCGUUUGAUUGGAAGAAAUGGUGUUUUUGUCAACAAAAUAAAAAGUUUUACAGGAGCAAAUAUACUUAUUAAAAACCAUCCAGAAAACUUAUCAAAAUACAAGAUAUGUGCCAUAGAUGGUCUUCAAACAGAAAUUGAUGCUGCAUUGGUUAUGAUUAGAGAGAAAUUCCCUGAAAAGAAAUACCCCAAUCUUACUUUACAAAGAGUGAGUUUUCCUCCGGCAGUAUUAACACCUGAAAUAUCACCUGAAUGCGUUUCGUUGCAACUGAUCGAGGGUGUAAAUAAUGACUGUACAGUGAGCUGUGUUUUAAAUGGUGGAAUAGUAUCUUUGCAGCAGCCUUUACAUCCAUCAUUUCCUAGUUUAAGUUUAUUACAAUGCUGCAUGGCACAAACAUAUUCUCAAAAUGAUAAUCCUAGACUACCUCUACCAGUUAAAGCUGGUAUGGUAUGUGCUUGUCCAUUAGAUUGUCAUUGGUAUAGAGCUCAAAUAACUAAUGUUUUUGAGCCAAAAAAUAAUGAUUUGAAUGAAAAGAGUGAGCAGACUGAACAAACUGAGCAGACUGAAGAUUAUCAAGUUGAAUUAAGAUUAGUUGAUUAUGGAAGCAGAGUUGUAACGGAAGUGUCAAAAUUAAGACAAAUUCGAGCUGAUUUAAUGAUGCUACCCUUCCAAGCUGUUGAUUGUUUAUUAGCAAAUGUUCAACCAGCAAAUGGUUCUUUACAAUGGUCAAAUGAAGCAGAUGAGUGUUUGCGACAUUUAACAUAUGGUCGCUUGUUGCAAGUUCAAAUUUAUGGUUUUCUUGAUGACGUCCCACUUGUGCACUUGUAUGUUACACUAGCAACAAAUCAAGUGAUGUUUGUAAAUCAAGAAUUAGUUGCUCGUGGCUUUGCAGAAUGGGUUGAAACGGAUGCAUAAGAAUUCUGUCGAUUUUAAGGAAAUUAUUUAUAACUUAUUUUAAAACGCAUUGUGUAUGCUGAAAUAUGUUGAUUUGUUACACAUAAACUUUUAUAAGUUUUUAGCUUAG